CCCCUGUCAUGUUGAAGUUGUGUACUUAAAUGCUGUUUUCGGUAUAUAUUCAUUGUUUAAGAUUGGUAGUAUGUCUCUUUUAAGAUUUUACUCAUGUGUUAGUAUUGUGUUCACCAGCCAGCUGGAAACAAGCUAGAUCAUGUAUAGUGGAGUGUAAUGGGAGGAGGCAGUAGAAAAAAGUAUCUGACAGGAUAUAAAUGAUCUCGCAGCAUCACAAACCAUCAGACUUACAGCUCCAGUUGGAAGUCAAGAAGCCUCACACGCAACUCAGCUGAUCUACACAACUUCACCAGGUUGGAGAAAUGGCCUCAGAUACCAUGACGGUUGCUGCUCUGGGUCGAUCAUUCACCCUAGGAAUGCUCUAUGAUGCUCGAAAAGAUCAGCUGAUCCCAGGUUUGACCUUGUGGGAUGAUAAAAAUGAGAAAAUAGUUGAAAGCUCUCAGCACAGCAGUGCAUUUGAAAUUUCUGCAUCUGACUCCAUUGAAUCCAAGUCCUCUCUGCUGGAUGUUGGUGCUUCUCUGAAGGCCAGUUUCCUGGGUGGACUGAUUGAAGUUGGAGGAUCUGCCAAGUAUCUGAAUGAUAAGAAGAAAUUCAAGAAUCAGAGCAGAGUGACGCUUCAGUACAAAGCUACCACCAGCUUCAAACAGUUGUCAAUGAUUAACCAUUUAACCAUGAGUUCCCAACAGACAGAUAUUAUUGAGAAGGGCUCUGCAACUCAUGUAGUCACAGGCAUCCUUUAUGGAGCAAACGCUUUCUUUGUGUUUGACAGUGAGAAGUUAGACGCCAGCAGCGUUCAGAACAUCGAGGGCAAAAUGGAAGCUGUGAUAAAGAAGAUCCCCUCAUUUAAUAUUGAGGGGAAAGUUGAACUCAAGCUGAAUGAUGAAGAAAAAACCCUGACUGAGAAAUUCUCCUGCAAAUUCUACGGAGACUUCAUUCUCGAAAGCAACCCAGCAACAUUUGUAGAUGCAGUGAAGACCUAUGUACAACUUCCAAAGCUGCUGGGAGAAAAGGGAGAAAACAGUGUUCCAGUGACGGUCACUCUGAUGCCACUGAAGAAUUUAGUUCCCAAAGCUCCUGAGCUGAUGAGUGGGAUCAGUGCUGGACUUGUAAGAAAGGCUGAAAAUGCUCUGGAGGACCUGAAUCAGAAGGAAGAAGGAUGCAAUGAUUUGCUGGAGGACAAAGUAGUGAAAGAUUUUCCUCAAAUCAAUGAAAAGUUGAGCAGUUUCCAAAAACUGUGUCAUUAUUAUGCAUCUAACCUCAGACGGACCAUGGAGAAGAAAAUUCCCUCCAUCCGUGAAGGUAAAGAAGACGAGAGCUCAGCAAAACAACUAUUUGAAGACAGAGACAAGUCACCGUUCAGCCAUGAGAAACUAACCAAGUGGAUGGAGCAUAAAGAGAGAGAAAUCAACAUCAUCAGGUCCUGUGUAGAGAUGAUGGAGGGAACAAAGAUCGUCCGAAAUCAGUCAAAGUUGGACAGAGAGGUUCUUGGUGUGGAGGAUGCUCUGUGCUUUGUUUUCACCUCCCUGGAGAGUGCUGACCCCUGCCUUGAUGAGAUGAUCAAAUACUUGGAUUCACUUGAGUUAGAAUGUACCCAUAAAGACCAGUGGUACUUCUCAGGUGAAGUUUUCACCAAAAUGACAAAUAAAGCCAAUGUUUUCCAGGAUCUUGCCAAAGCACUGAAGAACAACAGCCGAUUCCGUUUCCUCAUAGCAGCUAUUGAAAAUAAGAAACACACAGGAGCAACCAUCUACCAUUACAGGAAGGGCAUUCUGGUCUCUGAUGACUUUUCAAAGCCUGACCCCCCUCCUGUGGAGACUAUUACAGACAGAAGAGAUCUGCUGUGGUAUGCCUGUGAUCUCACUCUGGACCCAGACACAGCACACAAACACCUCACUCUGUCUGAGGGGAACAAGAAGGCAACAAACGGAGCAAAGCAGUCGUAUCCUGACCUCCCGCAGAGAUUUGAUUAUUUCCAUCAGGUUCUGUGCAGAGAGGGGCUGACUGGGCGCUGCUACUGGGAGCUGGAGUGGUAUGCUGCUUACUCUGAUGGAGAUGUUGCUGUUGCAGUUACCUACAAAGGGCUGCCGAGGAAAGGAGCAAUUGACAGGUGCGCGUUUGGACACAAUAGCUUGUCCUGGAGUUUAGGCCAGAGCUGGUCUCCACCAAAUCCUGUUCUCACUGCAUGGCAUGAUGCUCGGUCCUGCAAUCCUCCUUUUCCUACUACUGGCUCCACCAGACUGGGAGUGUAUCUGGACUGGCCUGCUGGCACUCUGUCCUACUAUAAUGUCUCAGCUGACACACUGAGUCACCUCCACACCUUCCGCAACAAAUUCACUGAGCCAGUUUACCCAGGCUUCUAUAUUAAGAAUGAAUCCAGCAACAUGUUUCUGUGUCUGUAAUCUGCACCUCAUGAUUCACUUCAAGUUCAGUUUGAUUACAAAAUGAUUAUUUCACAUGUUGUUAUUGUGAAGAACAAUCAUGAUAGUAAUAUAACAAUUUAAUAUAAUGUGUCCUCUUUUUGGCAAUGCAAAAUAUCUAAACAAAAUGCAAAUUGAACUAAAUAUAGCUCUCCCAAUGAUCCAUAUUACCAUCAUUAUCAUUAUUGUUAUUAUUGUUGUUUAUUACUAUGACUCACAAAUCUCUUUGCUGAUUCGAUUCACUUUUUUCAUUUUAAAGAUUUGUAGUCACAGACUGUAGUUUGUACACAUCUUUCCUCAUCUAUGCUAAUAUGCAACAGGGAAACACAAAGCCAUGUUUCCAUGAAAGCUUCUUUGUGAUUUAUAUAAUUAGUAAAGCUGCAUGAACGUGACAGAAUUGAACAAAAAUAGGUUAGAUAAUUUUUUUUACCAUUCUGUUCAUUAAGUGUGCUGCUGUAUGGGCUCUCUUGUAGCUUUAGCCUAGCUUGAUUGAGUUAGUAGGAAGAGGCGCAGUUGGGCAUCCUUUUAAUUUCCUGAUCAGAUUUUCUUCCUGAAUCUGCACAUUAUAAAUGCAUGCAUUAAAAUGAGCUAGCAGGAACACAGACAUUAUACUGAAAUGCUUUUUCGUGAACUUCACAUACUACAACAACAACAAAAAAAACAAAAGAUGCUACGUACAAUCUAGCUCAUAAUAAGUACAUACAUAGACAAUGACUGACAGGUGCAGAGUACGGACAUAGAACAGCCUGAGGAACAUACAUACAACAGCCUGAGGCCAGCAACAUGCAAUUUCAGUUCAGUGUUGACAGAAAUGAGUACUGAUUAACCAUUUCUUUAAACGUAUUUUAAAUGUGCUGUAUGUAUCCAAUUCUCUGAGAGCAAUUGGGAUGGAGUUCCAUUCUGAUGCAGCUUUAACCGAAAAUGCAGACUGGCUGAAAUUACAUUUUCUUAAUGGGAUAAUACAAUCCCCUCUUGCUGACCCUCUUGUGCGAUGAUAUGCAGUUGUUGUAGGAACAAACUGACUGAGUGGGGGAGAAGUCAAUCCUUGUAGAAUGUUGUUCAUGAGACCUGCAUCUACAUAUUUAAUCAGAUUUGUCCACCUCAACAAGUUGUAUUUUGCUAAUAUUGGGGAAUGAUGAAAACGUACAGAUUUUUUGUCCAGAACUUUAAGUGUUUGUUUAUACAGUGACUGUAAUGGUAGUAGCGUAGUGGCACUAGCCUGUGACCAAGUUGUUAGACAAUAAGUAAUGUGUCAAAUGACCAUAGAGUACAUGUACAUUUUAGCCGCUUCUGUUGACAUGUAAUCUCUUAUAAACCUAAAAUUACAAAGAUUGAAUUUGACCCUGUUACAUACCCUUUUCACCUGAGGUUUGAAGGAGAGUGUGGAACUAAUCAGAAUUCCAAGAUACUUGUACUCAGAUACUGACCUGUAGUCUUUCCCCUAAUACGAAGACAUCUGGCUGCUCAGGGUGGGCGGCCAUCUGCCUCCACCGGUUGGGGGUGAGAGAUAGAGAGGGGGAAACUUUCCUUUAUAUUUUAUUUUACUUCUCUUUUGUCUACAGUGUGGUUGUACUUUCUUGUAUGCUAAUUAACAUAAAAUAUGAUAUACCGCUGCAAUUAUAUAUAUUUGCACACAGUUAUUCAACUCAUUAAAAAUAAAUGGACAAAUCA